AUGUCCUACGACGACAAGACCGACCCCAAGCACCUCGAGGCGGCGCGCACGCGCUCGCGCCGCGACUCGGAGAUGGUGCAGAACAUCAACAUGAACAUGUCUGCCAAGAUCCAGAACCCGCUCUUCGGCAUCCCGAAGGAUAUCCUGUUCGAGGACGUCGAGUCGUUCUGCCGCGACAAGGGGUUCACCGACAAGGUCGACCUGUUCAAGAAGGGGGCGCUCAUCGGGCAGAACCCCUACGGCUUCGAGACGUACCCCGAGCUCGACGAGGACGACAAGUACUGGCUGCGCCGGGAGACGACGCACAAGUGGAGCCAGCCAAAGGCGCUCAUCAUGACCGUCAUCCUCGCGUCCGUCGGUGCAGCAGUGCAGGGCUGGGACCAGACGGGCUCGAACGGCGCCAACCUGUCCUUCCCUAUCGAGUUUGGCAUCCCCGAAGGCGCGACCGGCUCGGACCGCAACUCGUGGCUCGUCGGCCUCGUCAACGCUGGCCCCUACAUCGGCUCGGCCUUCCUCGGCUGCUGGCUCAACGACCCCGUCAACAACUGGCUGGGCCGCCGCGGCACAAUCUUCGUCUCGGCCAUCUUCUGCAUCCUCACCCCUAUCGGCUCGGCUUUCACUCGCAACUGGCAGGAACUGUUUGUCUGCCGUCUCCUCAUGGGCAUCGGCAUGGGUCUCAAGGCGUCGACGGUGCCGAUUUUCAACGCUGAGAAUGUGCCCGCCAACAUCCGCGGCGGUUUGGUCAUGUCAUGGCAGCUGUGGACGGCGUUUGGCAUUCUCCUCGGCUUCAGUGCAAACCUUGCAGUGUACAACGUCGGCAAGAUUGCCUGGCGUCUCCAGCUCGGUUCUGCCUUCAUCCCCGCUGUGCCCCUCCUCCUCGGCGUCUACUUCUGCCCCGAGUCGCCCCGUUGGCUCCUCAAGAAGCACAAGUACCAGCAGGCCUUCAAGUCGUACCUCCGCCUGCGCAACUCGCCGCUCCAGGCCGCCCGCGACCUGUACUACGUCCACCGCCAGCUCGAGGAGGAGUACAACGCCGUCGGCAGCUCCAACGUCAUCACGCGCUUCACGCAGCUCUUCACCAUCCCGCGUGUCCGCCGCGCCACUGCCGCCUCCUUCGUUGUCAUGCUCGCCCAGCAGAUGUGCGGCAUCAACAUCAUCGCCUUCUACUCGUCGUCCGUGUUCGCCGAGGCCAACUUUGGCACCAAGCAGUGCCUGCUCGCCUCGUGGGGUUUCGGCCUGGUCAACUUCCUCUUCGCCAUCCCCGCCAUCUUCACCAUCGACACCUUUGGUCGCCGCAACCUGCUGCUCUCCACCUUCCCCAACAUGGCGUGGACGCUGCUCGCUGCCGGCCUCUGCUUCCUGAUCAAGGAGCCCAAGGUCAAGCUUGGCCUCGUCGCCCUCUUCAUCUACAUCUUCGCCAUGUUCUACUCGGUCGGCGAGGGCCCCGUGCCGUUCGCGUACUCGGCCGAAGUCUUCCCCAUCACCCACCGUGAAGUUGGUAUGGGCUGGGCCGUCGCCACCUGCCUCUUCUGGGCCUCGGUCCUCGCCAUGACCUGGCCUCCCAUGAAGCACGCCAUGGGCCCGACGGGCGCGUUCUGCUUCUACGCCGGCCUCAACAUGGUUGCAUUCGUCAUGAUCUUCUUCUUCCUCCCGGAAACCAAGCAGUUGACCCUCGAGGAGCUCGACUACGUGUUCGGCGUCCCCAUGUCCCGCCACGCCAAGUACCAGGCCAAGGAGUGGCUCCCCUGGUUCAUCAAGCGCUACGUCUUCCACAAGAAGGACGCCAAGCUCGAGCCGCUUUACAACUUUGAGGAGGUGGGCGGUAUCGAGAAGGAGGAGGGGUAUGCGGCAAUGACGGCCGGUGCGGCGCACUAG